AUGGGGCCACAGAGUGGUCUGGUGUCACAGGGCCUCACUGACGGUCCAAGGACUCCUAUCGUGGACGCAUUAGCUCAUCGCCGCUUAUUGUUGGGUCUCAUAGAUCACAACCCCACAACAGAUCACAACCCACAACAGAUCACAACCCCACAGCUUAUCACAACCCGCAGAUCACAACCCCACAACAGAUCACAACCCCACAACAGAUCACAACCCACAACAGUCCACAACCCCACAACAGAUCACAACCCACAACAGAUACAACAGACUUAUCCUGGCCACAACAGGUCACAACACAACCCACAACAGAUCCAACCCCACAACAGAUCACAACACAACAGAUCACAACCCACAACAGAUCCACAACCCCACAACAGGUCACACCCACAACACAACCCACAACACAUCACAACCCCACAACAGAUCACAAACCACCAACAGAUCACACCCACCAAGAUCACAACCACCAAUAGAUCACAACCCACCAACAGAUUACAACCCACCAAUAGAUCACAACCCACAACAGAUCACAACCCCACAACAGGUCACAACCCCACAACACAACCCCACAACAGAUCCACAACCCCACAACAGAUCACAACCCCAAACAGAUCACAACCCACCAACAGAUCACAACCACCAACAGAUCACAACCCACCAACAGAUCACAACCCACCAACAGAUCACAGCCCACCAAUAGAUCACAACCACCAACAGAUUACAACCCACCAGAGAUCACAACCCACAACAGAUCACAACCCCACACAGAUCACAACCCCACAACAGAUCACAACCCCAACAGAUCUCAACCCACCAACAGAUUACAACCCAUCACAACCCACAACAGAUCACAACCCCACAACAGGUCACAACCCCACAACACAACCCACAACACAUCACAACCCCACAACAGAUCACAACCCACCAACAGAUCACAACCCACAACAGAUCACAACACAACAGAUCCACAACCCCACAACAGAUCACAACCCACAACAGAUCACAACCCCACAACAGGAGAGAGAGAGAGAGAGAGGAGAGAGAGAGAGAGAGAGAGAGAGAGAGAGAGAGAGAGAAGCUUCUUCACACAGGGACAUUGGCGCCGCUACACAUGUCCUUGGUUGGAAUAUUGUACAAAAUAUGAGAUAUAAAAAACUGUUUGAUACUCAAGUCAACAUGGCUGAUAAAGUGGUGGCCGUCGGUCACAACCACAAGCUGGAUGUGACAACCCAAGUUGAUCGAAAUUGA